AUGGCGGAAUCCCAGGGCAGCGUGAAGGACGUGCAUGCCAUCACCGUCCAGACUCGGGUGCACGUCGCAGGGAACACCGCUUACACCCAGGCGAUGCUGAAGGAGCCGCCUAAUCCUCGGUCGUGGAACAGCCUGGCCCUCUUUGCCGCAUCUCUGGUGGGCUUCCUGUGCUCGACCAUGAACGGCUAUGACGGCUCUCUAUACAACUCGAUUGCCGCAAACGAGUUAUUCUUGGAAUACUUCAAGGGUUCAAACAAGGGCAUCUGGGCUGGCAUUGUUUCGUCCAUGUAUCAGAUUGGAGGUAUCGCAGCGCUGCCGUUCGUCGGGCCCGUCAAUGAUUCCUGGGGGCGUCGAGCGGGUAUGUUUACUGGUGCCGCUAUCGUUAUUCUCGGGACCGUCGUCUCUUCCACCGUUACUGGAGGCAAUGUUGGCCAGUUCAUGGGCGGUCGGUUUAUCCUGGGAUUUGGCGUCGCGAUCACCUCGACGGCUGGCCCAAUGUAUGUCACCGAAGUUUCCCAUCCAGCAUAUCGCGGCAUAACGACUGCCUUCCUGAACACAUUCUGGUUUACGGGCUCCAUCCUUGCCAGUGGUGUAGCCCGUGGUGCUAGCGAUAUCGGUGGCCAUGCUGCUUGGAGGAUACCUCUCUGGCUCCAAUUGCUCUUCUCCGGCAUUAUUGCUAUUUGCUCUUUCGCCAUACCUGAAUCUCCGAGAUGGCUCUAUGUCCGCGACAAGAAGGAUAAAGCCAAAGCCAUGCUUGUCAAAUACCAUGGCCAGGGGAAUUCAGAGAGCGCAUGGGUUGAGCUCCAGCUUGCUGAGUAUGAUGAAUAUCUCAAUAUGAGCGGCACAGAUAAAUGCUGGUGGGAUUAUACGGCAUUGUUUAAAACCGCUGUUGCAAGCUGCUGUGUCGUCAUAUUCGGUCAAUGGGCUGGCAACGGCAUCUCGGGCACCGUUCCCCAACUCAACAUCAUCCUUAUCAACUCUUGCCAACAAUUCAUCUGGGCCCUCGUCGGUGCUAGUCUUGUUGACCGUGUUGGCCGUCGCCCCCUCUUACUGUUCGCCAACAUUGGCUGUUGCGUGGUCUGGCUUUGUAUUUGCAUUACGAGCUCCGAAUUUGCAAGACAUGGCGGCACAAAGGACUCCCCCGGAACUUCUCCUGCUGCUGGAACGGCGACGUUGGCGUUUAUCUUUAUUUUCGGUGCGGUGUUCUCUAUUGGCUUCACGCCGCUGCAGGGAUUAUAUCCCGUUGAAGUGCUUUCAUUCGAGAUGCGUGCCAAAGGAAUGGCUUUUCAAAACUUGGCUCUUAAUGCUGAGACGAAGAAUUCCACUCUCGAAGAACUUGACGUAAUGUUCAACUCGCCCAACCCAGUGAAAUAUUCUACGAGAAAAAAGCAGCUUGAUUUAGAUGGUUGUGGCAAUGUUGUAAAAGUCGAAUUCGAAGGAUAG